UGGCCACACUGACAAAACGCAACCAAAACAAAACUUGUUAUUAUUUAAUUUAAUUAGAAAUAACCGAAAAUAUGGCUGUGCUACCACCGGAUCCCGUGUUCAGCCUGCGUUCCCCGGACAUGGGCGCCGUAAACUCGCUGUGCUUUCAGGAUAACGAUCGUUUGUUGGCAGGAACCCUGAAAGGCAGCGUGUUUCUAUGGGAUCUACAGACCAAUCGCUCUGCCCUGCACUUCGAGGUGGGCUCCGAUCCCAUAACCAGCCUGCAUCACACACCUGACCGCCUGGUGACGCAGGAGAAGGGCGGCACCAUCACCAUGUUCUCCAUUGGCGGCAGCAGCUAUGUAAAAGAGCGGAGUAUCCCAGGCAACCAUCUGGGCUAUUGCCGCUCUGCCCUCCACACGAGCACCAGCAACACCAGCGAGCAGCUGCUCUUCUAUCCCUGCGAGGAGUCGUCUAUAGGGGUACUACAUGUGACGGAUGCCUCGGCUCCCACUCAGAUGCUAGUGCCGGAGGAUGGACAGCUGCCCAAGCUGGGAAGCGUCACCUGCUUCAAGCCAUUUGAGUGCGCCUCGCAGCUUUUCCUGCUGGCGGGCUACGAAUCGGGACACUUUCUGACCUGGGACCUAACCUCUGGUGUGAUUCUGGAUGUGCUGGAACUGGCUACGGAUGCCAUGACUGUGGAUUAUGAUCCAGUGACCAAUAGGGGCAUUGUAGGAGGAGCCUCUGAGAAACUAAUUACCUUUAGCUACCAGCGACCCGCCAUGCAGCUGCAGCGCGGCUCGGAGCUGUGCAUCAAGAAUCCUGGAGUGAAUUGUGUCCGCAUUCGUGCGGAUCAAAAGGUCUUUGCCAGCGGCGGCUGGGACGGACGCAUAAGGAUUUUUUCGUGGAAAAGCCUUCGACCGCUGGCCGUGCUCACGCAGCACAAGCAGGGCGGUGUGAUGGAUCUGGCCUAUUCCAGCCAAGCGGUGGCCAUGUGGCGGGCACCCAUCAUGGCGGCAGCGGGCAUGGACAGCCAGAUAUCGCUGUGGGACCUCUACAACUGAGCCAAUCGAGGUUUGGAUAUCCUUUGUAAACAUAGCUUUACCUUUAAGUAGAACUUUCCCUUGAAGAGCCCUGGACUGCAGCUUCUUUUUAAGAAAAUCGUUACUGAAUUUGGUUGAAAUUUUAUGAAUGAUUUUUCCUUGGAAAAAGGAUUUUCUUUUUGAAAUAUAAAGUGUUUAUUAUUCAUUGAA